AUGAUGGACAAAGUGGAGCAGGAAGUGGGGGAAUAUGGAGAUCGGGGUGCAACAUUGAAUAGGUGUAAAGGAAUUACUACGGAACAACUAAUCAUUGGUAAAUCCAUUCUAGGCAAUACAAUCAAAGAAUGGACAAAGCAGAAAAGGGAUGAAGCAGACAAGAAUAGUGGUUCCUGGAGGAUAAAGUGGCCAUGGAAACAUUGGGGACUUGUCUGUAAGCAGAAGAGGGAGCAACCAAAUCUACAACAACAGAGAAAAAAUAAUGCAGCUGUAAUGACGGAAUUCAUGAAAAUGAAGGAGGACAACACCCACAGUGGCCAAAGUAGUCAACCGACCCUAUCAGAAGUACUAAUAGACGAUAAGUACAAAUUAAAACCAGAAACAUUGGAACGAGCACUAGCACCACUAGUUAAUAAUGCGGGGGCAGGAGGACCAAGUGCAAAUAUAGAGAACCUUAUAAAGACGGUAAUAGAGAACAUAAAGAUAGCAGCCCACGUAUAA